AUAUUUUUUUCGAUAUUGAUGAUCAUUAUGUGAAAAUUAUUUGAUUUUUGAAAACAUUACCAAAAAUGAAGCUUAUUAUCAUCAUUUUCUGUCAACUUUUUUAUCUAAAUUUUUAUAUUGCUUUUGUUCAUCUACAAACAUUGAUGACAUUAGGUGCUCGUGUACCAUUAGCAUCGGUUAUGCCGUUACUUGCAGCCAAUACUUAUCUAACAAGACAACAGCCAUAUAAUAGUUAUACACCUUAUCCGGGCGGUUAUUAUCCACAAAUACGUAAUGGUAUCGGCGGUUAUUAUCCAUGGGCAACUGGAAUGAGACGAUUUUUACCGAUUUAUCCGAAUGGUGGUUAUCCGAAUACUAACAGUUUCGGAUAUGGAUAUGGAAAUGGAAACGGAAUGUAUCCAUCGAAUGGAAUUUACAAUGGCAAUUUUGAUAAUAAUUAUUAUCCCAAUGAUAAUUCUUAUGGUAAUCGAAGAGGUGUUGGUGGUUACAAUAACAACAAUUACGGUAAUGGACGUGUCAAUAAUAAUGAUGAUGAUUAUGGAACAAAUUCAUACGAUAGAAGUACUACCGGUUCAAAUUAUCCAUCAACACAGAUGAAAAGUCGUAAUAAAUCCAGUUAUCGUGGAAAAUGAAUAUAUUUUUAUUUUAUUCCAAUAUUUUGCUUUUA